AUGUUCCGCACAGCACCAAAGCUUGCAAACCCCGCAUUACGUCAGGUGGCCGCCGCACAGAUUGCCGCAUCAAAGGAAGCAGGCACAUACAAAGUUGAGCGUGUCAUCACAUCGAAGCAGAGCGCCAAUAUUAAUGUGCAGAACACUGACCAACCUGUACUGAACUUUUGCGCGAACAACUACCUUGGACUUGCCGGCAACCCAGAGAUCGUGAAGGCAGCGAAGGACACACUUGAUACUCACGGCUAUGGAUUGGCAUCAGUGCGUUUCAUCUGUGGUACAACUGAUAUCCACAAGAAGCUUGAGGAUACCAUGACAAAAUUCCUUGGAACUGAAGACACUAUUCUCUACCCAAGUUGCUUCGAUGCCAACGCUGGUGUCUUUGAGGCACUACUUUCUCAGGAGGAUGCCAUUAUUUCUGAUGCACUGAACCACGCCAGCAUCAUUGAUGGUGUUAGGCUGUGCAAGGCUGAGAGACACCGGUACGCACACUUGGAUAUGACUGAGCUUGAGACCGCUCUUCAGAAGACACAGAAUAAGCGUAUUCGUCUUAUUGUGACUGAUGGUGUCUUCUCCAUGGACGGUGAUGUCGCACCACUUGAUAAGAUCGUGGCUCUCGCAGAGAAGUACAAUGCCAACAUCAUGGUGGACGAUUCACACGCCACAGGAUUUAUGGGUGAGGGAGGCCGAGGAACCCCAACACUCUUUGGAGUUGUGGACAAGAUUGAUAUCGUCAACACAACGUUGGGUAAGGCUCUUGGUGGUGCAAGCGGUGGUCUGUCAUCUGGAUGUAAAGAAAUUGUUGAUUUGCAGCGCCAGAAGGGUCGUCCGUAUUUGUUCUCCAACACAAUCGCACCUGCGGCAGUUGGCGGGACACUGAAGGUCAUGGAGUUGCUGCAAAACUCUGGUUCUGCACAGAAGAAGUUGCAGGAGAACACGCGGCUGUUCCGCACAGAGAUGAAGAAGGCCGGUCUGACUAUUGCCGGACAUGAUGAGUGCCCCAUCGCCCCCGUGAUGCUGUACGAUGCCCGCGUUGCCGCUGAGUUCGCAUCACGAAUGAUGUCGCAGGGCAUUUACGUCAUUGCCUUCAGUUACCCUGUGGUGCCAAAGGGACAGGCACGCAUUCGGGUGCAGUUGUCCGCAGCGCACUCCACCGAGGAUGUGAUGCGUGCAGUGGAGGCCUUCAAGACGAUCAAGAAGGAGCUUAAUGUGUAA